AACACACUCACGUGACAGCUCAAAACCACCUGUAACUCCCUGGAGGGAGGGAAUCUAAAAUCUGGCCCCCACUGAAGCUGGCACCGGGCACACAAAGAGCUGCCAGACGGUGAAUUCCUGGAAGGCAGCAGCCUGAUGUGUUUGAUUCCUCCCACUGCCCGGCACAAUAUGGCACAGGCGUCUUGGCUCUGGAGAAGGCUUCGUGGCAAGAAACAGUCAGUGAUGGUAUUCUGCCUCCUGAUGAUCCUGUCUGCGGUGACUGUCACUCACCUCCCUCCGGAGCAUCCAGCGUCCACCCCCGGACUUGGUCCCAUGGAGCCCCAGGGGAAAAUCGGCAUGCCUGAGCCCAACAUUUGGCAGACUUGGAACUCUAGCCAGAGGCAGCGGACAAGAAACCUGGGCUUCCGAAAAGGCCGGGCUUUGCCCAGAGAGUCCAUCUUGGUCUGUGCUGAGAAGCAAAGCCACAGAGUGCAAGUGGACAGAAACAGACACCCACUGAGGGUCAGGAGAGAUGCUGCUGGGACAGGAGGUCCAACACUCAGUGCCCAACAUCGUGUGCAGGAGGAUGAGGUCAGAGAUGCAGGAGGCACAGACCUGGACCAGCCUGAGCACGGUGGUCCUGUCCAAGAGAGACAGAGUAAGACAGACACCCUGGUUAGGCCACUCCCAGGGAGCAGCCUGGCAACUUUCCAGGCACGGAGAGGUACCGCUGCACUGAGUUUGGCUGGGAACUCCCUGCCAGGAGCCAAGGACAGAGUCUUGACUGGCAGGAAGGCUGGGGGUAUCACCUCAGGUCCAGGGACUCACUGGUGGCCCGGCACUGUUGAAGAGCUGCGAAGGUCCCCGUGGUGCCGUACUGAGACCCCUGGGUCAUUGGCCAGUGCUGCAGCCCGGGAGCAGGUUCCACCGUGGUUCACAGAACAUGACGUCCAGACUCUCUGGUUACUGGCCCAUGGGGAGGUGGCGGGCAAAGCCAGGGUUCCCGCCCACGGGCAGGUGCUGCAGGUCGGACUAUCUGCUACGGGUGCCUUCCAGGACAUGUCUCCUCUCAGGCUCAGCCAGCUCUGCUCCCAGGGCCUCUGUGGCCUCAUCAAGAGGCCCAGAGACCUGCAUGAAGUCCUAGCCUUCCACGUGGACCGUGUACUGGGGCUCCGACGGAGCCUGCCUGCUGUAGCCCGGAGCUUUCACAGCCCUCUUCUGCCCUACCGCUACACGGAUGGCAGUCUGAGGCCUGUCAUCUGGUGGGCACCCGAUGUGCAGCACUUAGGAGACCCAGAUGAGGACCAGAACUCUCUAGCCUUGGGCUGGUUGCAGUACCAGGCCCUGCUAGCUAGCAGGUGCAGCUGGCCAGGCCAGAGCCUGUGCCCGGGCAUCCACCACGCUGAGUGGGCACGUUUGGCCCUCUUUGACUUCCUGCUGCAGGUUCAUGACCGCCUGGAUCGCUACUGCUGCGGCUUUGAGCCUGAGCCCUCAGACCCCUGUGUGGAAGAGGGGCUUCGAGAGAAAUGUCAGAAUCCAGAUGAGCUGCGGCUGGUACACAUCCUGGUCCGGAGCAGUGAUCCAUCUCGUUUGGUGUUCAUAGACAAUGCCGGCAAUCUUCAGCAACCUGAGGACAAGCUGAACUUCCGACUACUGGAAGGCAUAGAUGGGUUUCCCGAGUCUGUCGUGAAGGUUCUUGCAUCAGGGUGUCUACGGAACCUGCUGCUCAAGUCGCUACAGAUGGACCAGGUGUUCUGGGAGAGCCAAGGUGGAGUCAGAGGUCUGAAGCACGUCCUAGAGACACUGGAGAGGCGAGGACAGGUCCUGCUGAGACACAUACAGAGGCACAACCUCACGCUGUUUGGGGACAAGGACCUGUGAGUUCACCUGUCUGGGAAGAGCACACCUUGCUGGAGGACUUCCCAUGAUGUGAGCCUGAGCUGGUGAGUGUGCCUCCCAUUGGCAGGAUUUCCUUGACACAGUUGGCCAUCCCAGACAAAUGGGGAAAGCCAGAGGCAGGAGGAGCCUACAGCGCCAUGGGACGGAAGGCUCACCUGCUGGGGAUGGUGGGGCGCCUUCAG